AUGCCAUCGCCCUCGUCCUCCUCUCCUUCAACGGACGAAUCCUUUCCCACAGUGUAUGCGCCCGCCCCAGUCUUUUCGCCUUCGCCGGUCUACUCGUCUUCGCCAACUUCCCACCCCCUCACAUCACCCUUCCCCCUCAUCUCCCUCUCGCGCGACCUCUACAAGCAACACGUCCACAGACUCUACCGCUCCGUCGCCCUGCAUAAAGGCAAUGCCGAACUUUUCUACCGAGAGAUCUUCGAUCCCGAGCCUUUCGCAGCUAUCAGUAUCGCGCCGGACGAAGAGCUGUGGAAGAGGCUCGCCGGGAUGGUCAACGGAGGAAGAGAGCCCGAUACGCGGCUCGGUCCUCAUGACUUUCGCCCAGGCAAGAGUCUUCUCAACAAGCUUUGUCUCUUCUGGGAGGACAAUCACCUCACCACGGUAGACGUCGAUGCAAUCGAUGAUACCGACGAAGCCGCCGAUUUACUCCUCGAUCUCGCCGAUCAUAUCUUUUCGGCGAUCACCAAAACCACCACCGAACAACCUGCUCCUCCCGUUCAACUUCACUUAUUCCACCAUGCUGUCAGUGUAUGCUACAGAUGGGAGUCUAUCGAGUCGAUGUGUGAAUCUCCCGAUGACCGCAUGUUUCCAAAGACGUACAGCUCCGCUUGGGCGGGCCGCCCUCUUGUGUGCGUGAACCCACCGUCUACCCCGAUGCUAGGUCGCAUCCUCCAUCGGUCAUCACCCUGGUAG